GAAUCGACUGAGGUGUUUCACUUAAAAACCGGAGACGAAUUGGCAGUAAUUCCACCGAUAAGUGGCGGAUAAAUAUUUUAAUUUUGGAAAACGUGAAAAGAGAAGGCGAAUUUAAGAUGAAUUUUACCAAACUAACUAAGGAGAAGCUUGACAUUAAUUCAAUUUCCGAAUUGGUUACGGACGAGAGGUGUGGCGCCAUAUCACUUUUUGUCGGAACAACAAGAGACAAUUUCGAUGAUAAACCCGUGUUGUCGUUGAAAUAUGAGGCCUAUGAUAAAAUGGCUGAUAAAAUGUUGAACAAAAUUUGUGAUGAUAUUCGUGAAAAAUGGCCAGAUGUAUUGCACAUUGCAUUGUAUCAUCGCUUGGGAUUGGUGCCGAUCAAAGAGAGCAGCGUUGUCAUUGCAAUCAGUUCACCGCAUCGUCAAGAGUCGUUGGAGGCCGUCCAAUUUGCCAUCGAUGAACUAAAACGAACCGUUCCGAUUUGGAAGAAGGAAAUUUAUGGCGGUGAAUACGAAGCGCAUGCGCAGCAGCCACAAAAGCGCCUGAAGCGCGCUAAAUCCCAUAUGAAUUUCGACAUUUGCUGUCCCAUUAGCAAUGAUACUAUUGUGUCGAAAAAUCUACUGCAAAUAAGAGCCGAUGAAACGGAGAUAAAGCGACGCAUCGCGUCGUUUAUUGGCCGUAAAAGGGAGGAGAUUAACAGCAGUAAUGUUUAUGAUUUUAUUACUGAUACAAAACACAGCGGCGAUGAUGAUAAUGAAAUGAGAUGUGCGCGAGUUAAUAGCACGGUAUAUCGCAUCAAAGGCUCAAAAGGCCAUUUAAAAGUUCAUCGUGUUAAAAACGAAAGCGGACCACAGACCACAAAUUAUAAAGGCGCUUUGGACAAACUUAUGGAAAAUAAUUCACCAAUUAAAAUUAAACCUGAUCCCGAUAUGCCAUCAAAAACAUUAUCAAGUGGCAUUGAAGAACGUAUUUCAAACGCGGAAACUCAUCUGAAUAUAAUGACGACAAAUGUAACGACAAAAACCGUAUUCGAACGUCUGAAAGCAAUUGAAGAGAAAAUUUUGUACUUGGAAACACUGUCGCCAGAAUAUUCACACUUUUUGAAUAAAUCCAUCCAAAAUGUUGAUAAUAUGCCAAAUAUAAAAAAAGAACGAAAAAAGAAGUAUACUCCUGAUGAAUUGGAAGAGCUAUUGAAAAAUAUUACCAAUCAAUCGGAAUCUUAACACAUGAUUUAUUUA